CCUGUUUGUGUGUCUGUAUGUGUGUCUGUUUGUGUCUGUGCUUGCCUGUUUGUGUGUGUGUGCCUUUUUGUGUGUGUUUAUAAAUUACAAUGCAUUUAGGCCUCUUUUUAGCCUUAUCUUCUCAUUAAAGGUGUACCACGUCAUUUUACGUAAAUGUUUUAUUAUAUAUUCUCAAUCACUGUUUAGAAACUUUUAUUGUAAAUCAUUGUAAACCACCUGGCAUUAUUAUACUGUCAUUACAAGGUUAUUGUAAACUGAGGAAGAAUGAACAUGUAACUCAAGGGUUCAGUGCAAUCCAUAGUUUAUACUUUGCUAGAAAAUAAAAAUGAAGUAUGAAAUCCAAUAUAAAAACAAAUAAUAAUAAAAAAACUCUGGCUAAAUAAUAAUCUGGAUCUACCAUCAGUAGCAAUUAACAUAUUUACAGUAAGGCUAUUUGGACAGCUUACAUUCACGUGUGUGUGUGUAUUACUGUAGCUGACCAGUAAUUUUCAAAUAUUGAAUGUGCUUCUUACUGUCAUGUGCUGUGUGAGGACGACCCAAGGCAAUAUAAAUCAAGUGAUAAUUUAAUUUCCAUAUAAAAACUACAUUUCUGUAACCGCAUGACUAGCUAAUCAAAACAUUAAAUCCAUGUCCAAUUUUGUGCACAAAUACUAUGAAUAAAUGCCCUGUUGAUCUGUGAAAUUUGAACGCAAUCUUUAAAAAUGUGGAUACCGCGAUGUUUAAAAAUGGCGCUCAUAAUAAUCUAAAAUGCAGAGAAAUAACUCGUACGCCUAAUUAGGUCAUCGUACUUUAAGAAAAAUUAAUGGACAUCUUUGAAUUCUCUAGAAUUUUCAGGAACUUUAAAUGCUGCCGUUACCAUGACACCGGAAUGACAACACUGUAAUUAAAAGCGACUUUCCCCGAAUAACUGGCCAAUCGGGAGGCCGGCCGCGGGUCAGGUGACUGCGCUCUGACAUUUGCGUUGCGGGUUUGUGCUACACGCGUGGAAGGGGCACAGCAGGAGUAAGCAGAAGUCUGUCGCAGCGGCGCCGACUGAAACUGGGGGGACAAUGUUUAACAGCCUUCUCAGGGAGUUCGACGAAGAUCCAUUCUUCUCGGAUCCGUUCCGGGCGCAUAAUGACCGCGUGCGGCAGAUGAUGCGCAGCUUCUCCGAGCCCUUUGGGCAGGACCCAGCGCCCCGCCUGACCGAUGGGCGGGGCCACAGGCCCAGUCAGGGCGAGCCCAGCUCCAGCCUGGCCUUGCCACAGGACCACAUGGGCAUGGACCUCUUCAGAAGCCCCUUCCACACGAUGGACAGCAUGAUGAGCGGGAUGAGGAGCAGGAUGGAGAACCUGCACAGAGACAUGCAGAACCUGUCAGCUGAUCCCAACGCCCACUCCUUCAGCUCCUCCUCGGUGAUGACCUACUCUAAGACCGGGGACGAGCCAGCCAAGGUGUUCCAGGCCUCCAGCCAAACGCGCCGCGCGCCUGGGGGGGUUAAGGAGACGCGGCGAGCACUGAAGGACUCAGAGUCCGGGGUGCAGAAGAUGGCGAUCGGGCACCACAUCCAGGACCGCGGCCACAUCAUGGAGAAGAAGCACAACACCAGGACCGGAGAGAGAGAGCUCAACCAGGACUUCCACAACAUGGACGAGACUGAGGCGCAGUCCUUCGAUGAGGAGUGGCAGAGGGAGGUGUCCCAGUUCUGCCCCCCGGCCCCCCUGUCCCGCCUGGAGGCCCCAAAACCUCGCGCUGCCCACCGAGCCGCCAUCGCAGCCCCCCAGGAAGCCCGGAGGUCAGCCAGGGAGAAGCUGAAGCUGAAGGCUGAGGGGAAAAGACCCGAAUUCAGCGACCCGCAGAAGCCCUGAGCUCGCAGGAGGAAGCGGCGUUCUAGUGUUCCUGCGUUCCCCCCUCCCCGCCCCGCCCCACCCCAUCCUACCCUGU